GAAAACUGUUAACUAGUAUUAAAUAAUUUAAAAAUGAAAUAUUUAUUAAUCGUAUUCAUAGUGAACGUGUGUUUAUUGUAUGAAUGUAGUGCCGAUUGGCAAGAGAUUAAGGAUACCCUAGGUCAGGGGAUUAGAAUUAUUAAGGGUACGGUAUGUCUGACCAGGAUAACAAAUAAACUGAAAACGGAUUGUUUGGCAACAUUUCAUGAGUCUAUUAGUGGUAAAAACAUUGAGGGCGAUGACUAUGGCAUGUGCUGCUCCUACCGGACACUGCAGUCGUGCGUAUCGGGUAUAUCGGAGUCCGAGUGCGGAUCGGAGGCCCAAAAUGUUGCGCACAGUUUCCUACACACAAUCGGCCAAACAUUUGAGGCCGACGACUGUUUCGACUACGGGUUCAUCACAUGUAAUAUGUGGCUAUCGAUAGGGGUGGCUGUCGGGGCACUGGUAGGUGUGGUGGUGGUGACUGUUUGGAUAUGGGUCUGGUGCCGAGUGCGGAAGUUCAGGGCUAACAACCUUAGUAAUAGUAAUGGGAGACAUAAAGUGCACAGGGUUGUUUACCUAAAUGAGAUUAAGUCGAAC